AUGGAUAAUCGCACGCCCCUGCAAACCCCGAGUCCUACCCGAGACCGCGACCCGGACAACAGCUCUUCGCCAGCCGAAAGGCUCGCAACCCCAAAGCCCCUCGCUGGGGAUACCAUCGAUGUCUUCUUCACAGGCCCGGAGAGACAGGAACUCGGAGUCCCUUACAUAAUUCCGGUGUCGGUUACUGCUGCGGCCGACCCCCAGGUCCCUUCAGCCUGGGCAGCUCUGAUCAAGAAUAUGCCCUUCCAAAUGGACGUCAAGGGCCACCAUCUGAAGAGCAAGCUCAUCGAGAGAUCGCUUUCGAUGGAGAGCCUCCGCGAGCCUAUACUGCGGUAUGGAUCUCGGAACAAAUGGAGUACGUCAGUCCUGUUCAACAAGAUCUCCAAGAGUCUCGCCAACAUUGAAGCUACCCUGAUGCAGACAGUGGGGACGAUUCAAUCCCGCGAAAAUGAGUGCGUUCACUGCAAGGAAGAGGCGGGACCAUUCUCCAACUGCGUGAAAGUGGAAGGCGUUGAAUUCUGCGCAAAUUGUCAUUGGGAGAAGCUGGACCUACGCUGUUCCUUCAAUUCGCAGUCCUCUACUCCAAAGAGACGCCGAACUCUUCCGCAUCCUACCGAUGAAGAGAUACAGAAUAAGAAGGAUCUGAUAGACAGUGUGCGGACCAAGCGCUAUCUCUUUGAGAAAGAGUUAGAAGGACACCGUGUCGAACAUCGGUCGCUUUGGCAGGAAUUUCAGGGCGCCGAGGAUGGAAACGUCGACCAAGGUAGUGUCUCAAUUUCCUUCAUGUGCGAUUUCCGCAUGAAGCUUCAAAAGAUGGAGGAGGAUUUCAAUAAAUUGAUGGCUAAUAGCAAGGCUAUUCUCGACGCAUCGGAGGAGUUAUGGACGGCAAGGGGCUAG